CCCCCGAUCCUUUCCUCUUCCUCACGGCAUGUUGCUUGCCGCUGCGGGGGGGGCCGCACGGUCUGGCCCCGACAGCGGCGGAUCCUUGGAGCCGCCCGAGCGCUUGCGCGUUCUGGAGUUGUUCGCGGGCAUCGGCGGCAUGCGCCUGGCGCUGUCCUACGCGGGACUCGACGUGGAGGCCACCGCGGUGGAGGUGAACCAGGCCGCGCUCCGCGUGUACGAGCACAACUUCGGGGCCCAUGGCGUCGUGAACCACAUCACCAGCUUGCCCGUGUCGUGGUUCCAGGAGCAGAGGUGCCGGAUCUGGACCAUGUCCCCGCCGUGCCAGCCGUACACCCGCCAGGGCAAUUUCCGGGACACGGAGGACCAGAGGGCCAGACCUUUGAUCCAUGUGAUCUCCGUGUUGCAGCAGAUCGAGAGCCCACCCGAUGCAUUGGUAGUUGAGAACGUGCGCAACUUUGAAACGUCCGAGUCGUGCGGCAUGUUGCUGAAAGCGUUGGCUUGCCGCGGCUACGGAUGCCGAGGCUUCCUGCUUAGCCCGAGGCAGUUCGGAUUCCCCAACGCCCGCCAGCGUUUCUACCUGGUUGCGAAGCUGGAGAGGUGGCCCUUUGCGACGAUCCCGCUGCCCGAGGAUGGGCUCGAAGGCGCCACCUGUGAGCCGUGGACUUCACUGCCUUGCCCAGUCGCCGCCGCCGCUGCGGCGUCCUGCCGCGGGGCUCUUGCCGCGCGUCUGGAGGAGGAGGCGCGCUCCCGUUGCUCGGCCUGCGGCUUCGACGCGCCGCCGGCGCUGCUGGAGGGCCCCCUCGGCUGCCGGUACGGGAUCGCGCCGGUGGCCGAGUUCCUUGACGAGGGGUGCACCGCCGAGGCUGCGGCGUGGCUCGUGCCGGAGAGCACGCUGAGCAAGGAGUCGGCCCGCUGCUUCGACGUCGUGCACGGAGGUUGCCGGCAUUCCCUCUGCUUCACGAAGGCGUACGGGAAGUAUGUCAACGGCACGGGCAGCGCGCUCGUGAUGCCCGAGCGGGCGGCCGAGCCGAGCCCGGUGCUGGGGGAGUACGCCAUGAGCGGCUUCUUCGGCCGGUUGCGGUACUUCAGCCCGCGGGAGGUGGCGCGGCUCCUCGGCUUCAAGGUGCAGGCCUGCGCUGGCGCGUGCCUGCCGCGCUGCUCCGCGCACGAGGAGGGCUGCCCGAGCGAGUGCCGCUGCGAGCCCUUCUCGCUGCCCGCGGGCCGACAGGGCCCGCAGCAGGCGCGCGAGCUGUGGUCCGCCCUGGGGAACUCGCUGAACCCGCAGGUGGUGGCCCUCGUCUGCAGGGCCUGCCAGCUGCACGAGGUGGCGCAGGCAGGAGGCUAG